GAUUGCCGAUAGCUGUUACCCACAUCAGAGAUGAGAGCGGCUAGGUAGCUAGCUAACCUAGCAUGGUUUGAUGGAGGCUGACCGGGGGUCGGAAAACCACGAUGGAGCGGCAGCGACAGGCAGCGGCGUAGUUUCACCUGGGAACUGAGUUGCGCUUAAACCUCCCCAGCUUGUACACAGUAACUGAGCACGGAGAGGAACAUCACGAUAUGCAGUCAUGAAGCGGGUUCGCACUGAGCAGAUCCAGUACGCUGUGGCUCAGUACCUGAAGCGGAGGCAGUAUGUGGACACGGACAGCUCCCUGAAAGGAGCCAAGCUCUUCCAGUCAGCAGAAGAGAUGGCUGCCAGCCUCACGGUGCAGACAGAGUCGGGAUGUGCCAACAUCGUGUCUGCUGCACCCUGCCAGUCCGACCCUCAGCAGUACGAGGCUCAGUACUCGCGGCUGCGCUGCUUUCUCUCAGAAACAGAAAUAUCCUGGGCAAAGGAGGUGAGCAGCAUCCUCUACCCGCUCUUCGUCUACCUCCACCUGGACUUGGUGCACUGCGGCCUGAAGGGGGCGGUAGAUGGUUUUUACAGUCGUUUCCACAGCGCCUUUCUUCAGGACAGCGAGCAGCGUGCCACCAUAGAGCAGCUCCGCCAUGUUCUCACCGCUCAGGACGUUGCAGCCAACCCCAAGCUGAGUGCUUUCCUGGAGCACAAGUACUUGGUGCACCUGACGGAGCCGGCCUACAGCUACCUGCUGCGCUACCUGCAGAGUGAGGACAACAGCGCCGUCUGCAGGGCGCUUAGCACACACCUGCAGGUGGAGGUCACCGCGUCGAGGCGCACAGACUACCAGCUCUAUGGAGCUGCAGGUGGGGCGACCGACGCCCCAAACUCCACCUCCUCCUGGGCGGGGGUGGAUGGGGCGGAGGGCGUAGAGGGGGUGGAGGUCCCUGCAGGGAUCCCACAGAGUGAGGCAGCCCUUGAGGCUCUGCAGGACUGCAUCAAGAAGGUCCGUGAGGGCCCCCCCACGCUCACCACCGUGUGUUUUUACGCCUUCCAUCACACGGAGCAGAUGUUGAACACCGCAGAGGUGUCGGCCGACAGCCGGCUGCUGGCCGCCGGCUUUGACAGCUCCACCGUGAAACUGUGGAGCCUCCGAGCCAGAAAGCUGAAGGCCAAAGCGCAUCAGGCGGACGUGUCGCUCAUCCACCUGGCCUGUGACGUGCUGGAAGAGGAAGUGGAGGAAGAGGACGGCUCCGGCAGCGAGGUGAAGACGCUGCGAGGUCACAGCGGCCCCGUGUUCCGCACCGCCUUCCUGACGGACAGCUCCGGCCUGCUCUCCUGCUCUGAGGACACAACCAUCCGCUACUGGGACCUGGGCAGCUUCACCAACACGGCGCUGUACCGGGGCCACGCCUACCCGGUGUGGGACGUGGACGUCAGCCCCUGCAGCCUUUACUUCGCCAGCGGCUCCCACGACCGCACGGCCCGACUCUGGACGUUCUCCCGCACCUACCCGCUGCGGCUUUACGCCGGGCAUCUCGCCGACGUCGACUGUGUCAAAUUCCACCCCAACUCUAACUACCUGGCCACCGGCUCCACAGACAAGACUGUGCGGCUGUGGAGCACCCAGCAGGGGGCGUCUGUUCGCCUCUUCACUGGCCACCGUGGCUCGGUGCUGUCGCUCGCUUUCUCCCCUAACGGGAAGUACUUGGCGUCCGCCGGCGAGGACCAGAGGGUGAAGCUUUGGGACUUAGCAUCAGGGACGUUGUUCAAAGACCUGCGGGGACACACGGACAGCGUCACCAGCCUGUCUUUCAGCCUGGACAGCAGCCUGGUGGCGUCGUCGUCUAUAGACAACUCAGUCCGGGUGUGGGACAUCAGGAACUCCCACGCCGGCACGCCAGCUGACGGCUCGUCUGGCGAACUGGUGGGACUGUACACUGGAAACACCAGCAGCGUGCUGAACGUGCAGUUCAUGGCCUGCAACCUGCUGCUGGUGACGGGAACGGCACCAGAGAAAGCGGAACAGUAGCCACGGCCGUCUGGUUGUUGUGUUGGUGUUGGUGAGACGAGCUGGAACAUCUGCAGAUGUUUGUUUGAAGAUGUUCUCACCAGUUCCCAUCGCUGAGCCAACACCUGCACAGGAGUCAGAUUUGAGUUUUCCUCAUUAGUUCUUGCCUCGGCAUAGAAAAGUCUCUUUCUCUUCCAAAGCUGGCUCAGAUGUUCCUUUUCUAGAUAAAUUAUAACUCGUCCUCGUGGUAUUCUCUUCUUACCAAAGCGUCUCCUCUAGAUGUCAGUAUUAAAGAGUCCCUCAGUGUAACGUUCUGGUGCCUUGGUGGUCGAAAAACAGUUUACUCUGCUGUCAUGCACAAGUUCUACGACCUAUACAAGCAGCAUAUCAAAUGUGACUGUUGGAAAAUAUUCUUCCUGAUGAAAAUAUUCUGAACUGAGAAAAAACCAAAAGAGAAGUGACAAGGGUUUGUUGCACCGAUGAGUAUUAUGGGAUACAUCUUUGCUGGUUAUACUGAGCUGCACCUGCUUUACCACAACUCGCGUGUAAAUGUGUCUGACGUUCAGAGAAACACAUUAGUUGAGCUGUUUCACCCAAAGUCAUUUUAAUCUCUGUCACGAGCUCAAGGAAGUGUUUAGCUUAGCUUAGCACAAAGACUGGAAGCGGGGGGAAACUGCUAGCACAGCGUUGGGUUAGAAAUACACCUUCCAGAAGUGGUUCAGGCUGAGCUGAUGAGUUUCAGAUCAAAACAAAUCUUUAUUUCGAUGCAUCUGAGGAACAUGAACACGCUUUACUACAAAUAUGAUUUGUUUUUACGUUUAACAAACAAAGCUAAACGUCGUCCGAACACCAGCUGACGUACAGGAACAGUUCCUCUGAAGUAAACCACACGUGACGCGUGACGCUGGCUUUGGGCUCCACAACUUCUGAUACUUGGGGCUACAGACCCCAAAAGAAAUGGAGCGCCAAGUUUUGGGAAAUGUUUGUUAAAGGCGCCUUUUUAUCAUCAACAACAUCGUUUUCUGUUCCAUAUUUAUCUCUUCAGGUAUUAGAAAAGUUACAAAUGUGACUGAAAGAAGUUUUCUUACUUUCAGAAUGAUCUGACUCUGGGUGAAACAGCAAACGCUGAGUACUACGUAAAUGUGGGACUGUUCCUUUAAAGAUCUGUUUAUGUUUGACCUUCUCAUCGCACCGUUCACCUGCUGCCCCUUCAGUGACACCGCAGCCGUUGGUUAAUCCAUUGCAUACAAAGCGACUUUGAUCCGAAUACUCGUGACCUGCAACUCCAUCACUUCCUGUUGUCGAACAAGAUUCACAUCUACAGGAAGAAAACGUUGAGAAAUGAAGAAGAUAUGUUCUAUUGAUGCUCGUAGAGUUUAGAGACUUCAGAGGUCAAAUACAAACGAGACCAGAAAGACUUUAAAUAUCACCGGGACAGGAAGUGGUCGUUUCUUCUCCUUUGUUUUGUCGAGUCGACCGACUGUAGGGUUUCAGUAACAAACGUGUAAAUAUCCGUGUUGAGGAAAUUUCUAAGAAUCAAAGGCUGUAUUUUUUCGCACUAUUCUUCGCGGCACAAACUGCAUGUUUAAAAAAAGUGUAAAUAUUCUGUAUUUUUGUAAUAUUUUGGCUACAAAGAGUCGCCAUCCAGGCUGAGCUGAACGAGGGCUAAAGCGAUAUCGAUUCUCA